AUUUCUACCCGCUCUUCCAACCCUUCCAGCUCACGCUUCUCUGCCCUCCCUCUCUGCCCCUGCCCAUUUGGGAGCACAGAUAUAAACCCUCCAGCCAAUAUGUUUCCUCUGGGGGACUGGGAGCUUUGCCUGGAGGGUGCUCAUGGCUCUCGUCGCAUCCCAAAGCUGUCCCUAGAGUCAGAGCAAGGCUAUUUCCUGGCGGCUGCUCCCGGUGAGCUCACGCCGUGGGUGCUCCUGCAGAGCUAGGGUGGCUGGGCAGGUUGUGGCUCCAGCUCUGCUGGAAACCUUGGAGCUCCUGACACUUCACCUCUCCGCGUGCUCCGUCCCAAGGGAACAGAGGCAGCCCGACGAUGCCGAGCAUAUUCUCCUACCAGAGCGCCGAAGUCGAUUGGUGUGAAGGCAACUUUGAGCACUCGACAGUCAUUGCAGAGUACUACAACACCAUCAGCAAUGUAAGCUUCUUUGUCCUUUCGGCUGCCCUGCUCUACCUGAACCGGCAGUACUGCCAGCGGCGCGCUGUGCCCAUGUACUUCGUCUCUGGUCUGCUCCUCUGCGUAGGUGUCUUCUCCAUGUACUUCCACAUGACUCUGAGCUAUGUGGGACAGCUCUUGGACGAGCUCUCCAUCCUUUGGACGCUGGCUGUGGCGUAUUCCUUCUGGUACCCAAAGGUUUACUUCCCCAGGUGCAUUAAGAGCAGGAAGCAUUUCUUCUGGUUGAGUGGUGUCACCACUGUGGUCAGUACCUUGAUGUCCUUCAUCAAACCAGCCUUCAACGCCUAUGCACUCAACUGCAUCGCUUUCCACCUGCUGUACCUGACAUGGUGUGAGCUGAAAAAGUGCAAUGACAAACGGGUUCACCGGAUGGCUGCAGCCAUGGUCGUGUGGUGGGCACUGGCCAUCACCAGCUGGUUAAGUGACAGGUGGCUUUGCUGGCUCUGGCAGGCGAUCAGCUUCCCCUACUUCCACAGCUUCUGGCACGUGCUGAUAGCUGUGUCCCUCCUCUACUGCUUCCCGCUGGUCAUCUACUUUGACGUCAACUACGAGAUGCCAACAUUCAAACCAAAGCUGGGAUAUUGGCCCAGUGACUCCUGGCCUGUUGUGGUGCCUUACGUUGCCCUGGAGGAGCCCCACAAGCAGUGCUAGA